AUGGCAGCAGCAGCAGCAGCACGAACCCCCAAAGCAGCAGCAACAGCACCGGCACUCGCCCAGCUGCAGCUCUACCUCUCCCCGCCGCCCAAAAACAUCAGCGAGUCGCGCGCCAUCUUCCGCGAGGUCUCCCGCUUCGGCGAGAUCCAGAUGUUCAAGGCGCUCCGGUUCGAAGAAACCACCAAAGAGUUCAAACCCCGCGCCCACAUCAUCUUCCGCUCCCCCGUCUCCGUGGAGCGGCUCCUCGGCUCCUCGCCCCUCCCCGUCCCCACCGGCACCGGCAACACCAUCACCGUGACCCCCUCCGCAACGCUCUUCAACCACGAGCAGUACAUCCAGAACAACAGCCCGCACUUCUACGCGCCGACGACCUGGGGGCGCAACGUCGGCCCCGGCGAGGACCUCAGCACCGUGCGCGACGAGGGCAUGGAGCCGGACAUGAAGGCGCGUGCCAUGCGCGUGCGCAUGAUGCAGCGGUACACGGGGGGCUUUGUGAGUUUUGCGGAGCUGGAGGAGCGCAUUGCGAUGGAGGGGGUGAGGGGCGCGGCGGAGGGGGGCGUGGGUAUUGGGUUUGGGGGGAGGGAGGUGGUGGGUGGGAUAUUGGAGAGCUUGAGGAGGGAGGAGGGGAGUUUUGAGGAGGGGGAGGACGGGGAGAGGGGCAAGAAACGGAGGAGAGGUGAUCGCACCUAA